AUGACAAUAAAAAACACUCUACGGGAUCACGGACAGAGGUAUCGCCCACGGAUGGCGUGUCUGCACAAGGCGGAAAAGAUACUGCUGGAGAUGCAGGACCCUAAAUCGGGAGUCAAGUCUCAGCCGCAGCGACUGGUCAUCACUACCAUUCCGCAUGCCAUUACCGGGGAAGACAUGAUUGCGUGGCUGGCAGACAGAUUCCAAAUCGACACAAGAGAGGCCAGAAAUUUGGGUUCCAUGCUGGUGGCACUAGGCUUUGUGUACCCGUUGCAAGAUCACAAACGCUUGCUACUCAAGCACGACGCAUCACUGUAUCGCUUUCAGACACCAUACUUCUGGCCCGCCCAACAGUGGCCUGUGGAAGACACAGAUUACGCAAUCUACCUGGCCAAGAGAAACAUCCGCAAGAAGGGGCUUCUGGAGUUACACGAGCAGGAGCAGUACAACCGCCUUCACAAGUGGAUGAAUCACAAGUGGGACUUCAUUGUGAUGCAGGCUAAAGAGCAGUAUAGGGCAGCAAAGGAGAGGAAGAAACCAGACCGCGUGGUGUUUGACUGUCAGGAGAGGGCAUACUGGGUGGUCCACAGACCCCCGCCAGGCACCGUGAGCGCCAUGGACUACGGGCUUGACCGACGAAUUGAUCCCAACGCAGAUGAGGUCAAAACUCCUGACUACUACGAGAGAAUUAUGAUCUUCACCCAGCAGUCAAUCAUGAGGCCCAGAGUCAAGUCAUCUGUGUCCAUUGGCGCGUUGGUUAAAUAUUGCGCUACCUACAACAGCCACGACCCGUUCCUGUCCAAAUGUCUUCCCAGCAACCCUUGGCAUACUGACGAUGUCACCUACUGGACUUUAAACAUGCCCAAUGUUGAAACACCGACCAAAAUGCGCGUGGAGCGCUGGACUUUCAGCUUUGGAGAGCUGCUCUCCGACCCGCGAGGCCGCGACGACUUUAGGCGUUUUUUGAAGAAAGAGUUCAGCGGUGAAAACUUGGCGUUCUGGGAAGGCUGUGAGGAUUUAAAGUGGGGCACGGCGGCGACCAUGCGGGAAAAGGCCGAGCAGAUCUACAAGACAUUCUUGGCCCGCGGCGCCCCCAGGUGGAUCAACAUCGACGGGAAGACAAUGGAGAUCACCGUCAACGGCCUGAAACAUCCUCACAGAUACGUGCUGGAUGCCGCUCAGACCCAUAUCUACAUGCUAAUGAAGAAGGACUCGUACGGGCGCUACAUGAAAUCGCAAGUGUUCAAGGACACAUUGAAGAAGGCCAUCUGCCCCGAUGAGCACAAGUUCACGGAUUCUCAGUUGGAGCAGAACGCCAAGAACCGACGGCCCAGCCUUAGUCCCAUUAUCCUUCGGCAGCAGGAGCUGGAGGAGCGCGCCAAGAUGGCCGCUAACGCACCCGUCGACAUCACGCAGCUGUGCCGGUUUACCACCCCGGUACCCCACCUAGCUGUAUACUCGGGCCUAGCCGAUUCCCCCUCCGCCAACGCAUCGUCCUCCUUCGCCAUCCCCGCCCCGUGCCCGUCCCCCAUCAGCGUUGCUCCGGACAGCACCUCCGGUUCCGAGCGGCCGACGGAAGUUGCGGGCGAAGUGUAUCCGGAUGGCGAGGGGGCGCGGGCCCCCAACCCGACGUGCAAGUCGCGUGUGGCGCUUUCGUUGCGGCGGCUGCUGAGGCGGGGCUGCGGCGUAGGAGGGGGCCCCUCUGCUGUCUUCGCCAGCUUGUCACCCAAGUGCCACGGGGCCGCCGGGGCCAGCGGACGCAUCCGGCCGAUCAGUCCGGACGGUUCAAGUCAGGUGCCGCCCAAGAGGAUUGGCAACUUUUUCCAAAUCAAGGUGGACAUCCCUCCGGAGUGUCGGAUCUACCCCAUCGAGUCCGAGGAUGAGGAUGAGGAAAACCGAGCCGCUUCCCAGGGGGCUUUGGGGGCCAAGGAGAUCAUCUGCCCAUGGGAGAGCCUCACCCCUCACAAUGGUACCGGCUAA